ACGAUGAAAGUUUGGAAAAAAUGUGAGUACGUCUCCAUCCUGUAUAGUGCUGCCAUCUACCAAAUGUUAAUGGAAACUAUGAUGUGUUAUUGUUCGGAAACGAUCGUAUACCUAUACCUAAACUUGUGUGCGUGGAUACCUUGGAUGACUCGUCAUCGGUGAAUCCUGAAAAUAAACUCAGUUGAUUACGCACAAUUCCUUGGCAUUCCUGUUCUUUUAAUAAGAAACUUGACAAUCAUCAAAAUGGAUGGUAGUAGUUACUCUGGAGAUGGAGAUUUGGGAGCAAGGUCUAGUGGACAAUCGUCCAUUUCAAACAAGAAGCUUCAACAGACACAAGCUAAAGUUGACGAAGUUGUUGGAAUCAUGAAAGUUAAUGUGGAUAAAGUUUUAGAAAGGGAUUCCAAAUUGUCAGAACUUGACAAUAGAGCUGAUGCUUUGCAGAUGGGUGCUGCUCAAUUUGAACAACAUGCACAAAAAUUAAAGAGAAAAUAUUGGUGGAAAAACCUCAAAAUGAUGAUUAUAAUUGGUGUGAUUUGUGGCAUUAUUUUGAUAAUAAUAAUUGCUUCCGCAUGGCCAAGCUCAAGUUCAGAAGAAAAACCAUAAUUAACUUCAGACUUACACUUAAGGAAAACUACAGGUUGGGUUUAUGGUUCAAAAUAAGACAAUAAAAUCGAAUCACUAUUACUUGACAAUUGUUGGUAAAUAAAAAAGCUCAUAUUUUUGAAACAUAUUUUCUAACAAGUUAUAUAAAUGUUAGAGUAACCACAGUAUUAAGUUACAGUGACCUUAUGAGGAAAAAUUUAUAUAUAUAUUUAUACAAUGAAACGGUUAUGUACCUAUUGUCUGUGUGUAACCAUAAUCAAACGAUCAAUUAUUCCUGUCGAUUUACAAACCUCGACUAAUUUUUGAUGAAUUUGUCGCAUUUUUGAAUACUUAUAUACACGUUGAUGAUAUUUAAUAUAUAGUAUACUCUUUAUAUUUGUGGAAAAGAUAAACAAAUUAGUGUAUUUUGUACUAUAUACAUAAAAAACAAAUUGAAUGUAUUACUAAUUUUGUGUGUUAAAAAAAAGCAAGUUUUGAAAAUUUAAUUUAAUCCUAUGAUUUGUAAUAUAUUGCACAGAAAUCCGAUUUUGUGAUAGACUACUUUUAAUAAAAAUAUUUACAAUAACAUUUUCCAUGUUGUAUGUAAAUUAUCAAACCUAUUCAAAGCAGCUGAAGGACUUGUCUCUUUCAUUGGUUGUCUAGUUUCUUUGAUAAAUAUUUAUGACCUUAUACAUCAUAUCAAGUGUAUAAUUUCAUGAAAUAAAAAUUCAUGGACACUGAGUGAAUGAUUAAUCCUAGAGAAUUUUAAACACAGUAGGAUUAUUUACUCAUGAUUUACAUAUUAUCCCUUGAUACGUUUUCAGCUGUUGUACAAUAUAAGUAUAUGUGACACAAUGUAGAAUUUACUUUAUCACAAACACGCAGUUAAACAAUCGUCAGCAAAAGUUUAGUUACCAUGAAAUUUCUACUUCAAUUUAUUAUUCUUCA